UGGUCUACUUCUGCGGGGUGGAGUUUGAGACUCGGGGCGGAGACGGAACAUCCUUUAAGAGGAGCACAGAGAAGUCAGAGCUGGAAGAACGGUUGUCAGGUUGUCAUCCACGAUGAGGUUCCACGCUCUGGUCCUGGUUUUACUUCCUGUUUGCCUGGCUAAUGCAGGACACUCAUCCUCACCACCCGUGGUGGACACUGCUCAUGGCAAAGUCCUGGGGAAGUACGUCUCCUUAGAAGGAUUCGCACAGCCUGUGGCCGUCUUCCUGGGAGUCCCCUAUGCCAAGCCUCCUCUUGGCCCUCUGAGGUUUGCUGAACCACAGUAUGCAGAGCCCUGGUACUUCGUGAAAAACGCUACCUCCUAUCCGCCUAUGUGCUCCCAAGAUGCUACGGUAGGGAAACUACUCCAUGAUCUCUUCACCAACAGAAAGGAGAGCAUCCCUCUCCGAUUUUCUGAAGACUGUCUCUACCUAAACAUUUACACUCCUGCCGACUUGACAAAGAACAUGAGGCUGCCGGUGAUGGUGUGGAUCCAUGGAGGUUCUCUGGUGGUGGGUGGGGCAUCCACCUAUGACGGACUGGCCCUCUCUGCCCAUGAAAACGUGGUAGUGGUGGUCAUUCAGUAUCGCCUGGGCAUCUGGGGAUUCCUCAGCACAGGAGAUGAACACAGCCGGGGGAACUGGGGCCACAAGGAUCAGCUGUUUGCAUUACGCUGGGUUCAGAGCAACAUUGUCAACUUUGGAGGAGACCCAGGCUCUGUGACCAUCUUUGGAGAGUCAGCAGGAGGUGAAAGUGUCUCCGUUCUUAUGUUGGUUCCUAGGGCCUCGAUCUACUUCCACAGGGCCAUUUCUGAGAGUGGCGUGGCCCUCACUCCUGGUAUGGUCAUGAAAGAUGGCAAACCCAUCGCUGAGCAAGUUGCCAUUGCUGCUGGGUGUAAAACCACCACAUCAGCUGUCAUGGUUAACUGCCUUCGCCAGAAGACAGAGGACGAACUCAUGGAGAUCAAUCUGAAGUUGAAACCUUUUAAGGUCAAUUUAUUUGAAGACCCCAGAGAGAGCUGCCCCUUCCUCCCUACUGUGGUUGAUGGAUCGUUUCUGCCGAAGUCUCCAGAAGAGAUCCUGGCUGAGAAGAACUUCAAAACUGUGCCCUACAUGGUGGGCAUCAACAAGCAAGAGUUUGGUUGGCUUCUUCCACUGGUAAGAAAGUACAGGCAUCAUGCAGACACACUCUUCCACCCAAAGUCAUUCAAGGAUUCCGUGUUUACUACCUCUUCUCUGAGUUCAGAGAAGUUGAACUCAUUGUCCUGAGUAGACACUGCCAUG